AUGAACAAAAGCACAAGCAACAAUCAGUCGCUGAAAGUAGAGCGCAAAACUGUGGAGAAAAACAGAAGAAUUCGCAUGAAUAUUCUCUGCUCCAAGCUUGCUUCCCUCAUUCCUCAACACCAUAUCACCACUUCUAAGGAAUCGCUGUCGCGGCAAGAUCAGCUGGAUCAAGCUACAUCAUACAUAACGCAGUUGAAAGAAAGGAUUGAUGGGUUGAAACUGAGGAAGGAACAAGCAAUACUGCAGUCUGAAGGAAUUGACACAAGCAGCUCUUUGACUUCAUCGAUUGAUCAGAAGGCCAAACUAGGGUUCGUGCCUCCUGUGUUUCAACUGAGAGACCAUGGAUUAGGUCUGGAUGUGAUCUUGAUCAGUGGGAGGAGGAAGAACUUCAUGUUGUAUGAAGUGAUCAGAAUUCUCGAGGAAGAAGGAGCUGAGGUUGUCAGUGCCAGCUUUUCUGUUGUCGGUGAUAAGAUCUUCCACACACUCCAUGCUCAGGUGAGACUAUGUAGAGUUGGAGUAGAGACCACAAGGGUAUAUGAGAGAUUGAAAGAAUUGAUCCACUGAUUCUCUCUCUAAUGGUCGAUCUUUUAACGUUGCAACAACGAACAGUAUGAGAAAAGACAUGAACUUUUACCUAAAAAAUGGCAAUCGGCUGAUGCAGAUAGGGGAUGGAACGAAAUUCAUAGUCGACUUAUGUUUUUACGUUUGUUGCAGAAAUAA